AGAGUGACCACAGGAGGUUCUGAGUAUUUAACACCACAGCACACACACUCAAAGACCCGCACACACACUCUCAGAUCCACUCAGCCCAGCACCCGGUAACACUACUGCUGCCCAACAUGGUGAUACGAAGUGAGGUUCUGGUUCUGGUUCUGCUGUUGGGAUCAGCUGUUCGGUCGUUUAAACUGGACGAGUUAAUAAAGUAUGUGGACUCUCACGAGGAGGAGUAUGUUCAGGCACUUCGGGAGUGGGUUGCUGUGGAGAGUGAUUCCAGCGAUGUAACAAAGCGGGAGGAGCUUCACCGAAUGAUGGACAUGGUAGCAGAAAAACUGAGGAAGAUAAAAGGAACGGUGGAGCUAGUGGACAUCGGCUCACAACAGUUACCAGACGGUAGCUCCUUGGCGUUGCCGAAAGUGGUGGUGGCGCAGUUCGGCAGCGAUACGAACAAGGCGACGGUGUGCGUUUACGGACAUGUGGACGUUCAGCCGGCGAAGAAGGAGGACGGAUGGGCCACGGAACCGUACAACCUUACCGACAUUAACGGGAACCUGUACGGCCGCGGGGCGUCCGAUAAUAAAGCUCCGGUUCUGGCCUGGAUCCACGCUGUGGAGGCCUAUAAAGCUCUGAACCUGGAUCUACCGGUGAAUGUGAAGUUUAUAAUCGAGGGGAUGGAGGAGACAGGCUCUAACGGACUGGACGCCAUGAUUGAGUCUAAGAAAGACUCGUUCUUCUCGGAUGUGGACUACAUCAUCAUCUCAGACUGCGGCUGGCUCAGCAAACGACCCGCUCUGACCUACGGUACCCGAGGCAACUGCUACUUCUUCGCUGAGGUGGAGGGUCCAAAGCAGGACCUUCACUCCGGCGUGUACGGAGGGACGGUGAUAGAGCCAAUGACUGACCUGAUCGGGAUAUUGGACACAAUGAUCAGCCCCAGCGGGACCAUCCUGAUCCCCGGUAUCAGGGAGGCGGUGGCGCCGUUCUCCGACGAGGAGUGGAAGAUGUACCAGGACAUCGAGUUCGAUGUGGAGAGCUACAGGACCAAGAUGGGGGUGGAGCAGCUCAUGUACAGCAACAAGGUGGAACUGUUGGCUCAUCGCUGGCGUCACCCCACCGUCUCCAUCCAUGGCAUCGAGGGGGCGUUCUCGGCCCCCGGAUCCAAAACCGUCAUACCUGCUAAAGUCAUCGGCAAGUUCUCCAUCCGCCAGGUACCAGACAUGGACCCUGCAGUGGUGGAGAAACAGGUGAGUGAUCACCUUCACGCUGUCUUCGCCAAGAGAAAGAGCCCCAAUAAACUGAAGGUCACCAUGAUCAUUGGUGCCAAACCCUGGCUGGCAGACCUCAAGCACCCACUGUACCACGCCGGCAAAGCAGCCGUCAAGAAAGUGUUUGAUAUGGAGCCGGAUCUGAUCCGGGAGGGCGGGACGAUUCCGAUCGCCAGGACGUUUCAGGACGUGACGGGGAAGAGUAUCAUCAUGCUGCCGAUUGGAGGCUUCGACGAUGGACUUCACUCCCAGAACGAGAAGAUGAGCAGGUAUAACUACAUCGAGGGGACGAAGCUGUUCAUCGCGUAUUUGCAGGAGGUGUCUCAGAUCAAAGCGACCUGAUCAUCUUUAAUUUACUGAUUAAUAACUUUAAUAUCAGCUUUAAUAUCAGAAUUUAUAUUCUCUACACUGUUUCAAUGCAGAACUCUGCUGAUCCAAAUACAGAAUUAAACUUCUUUUAUUAAAUAUAAA